GCAAAAUGUUUGGGAGGAUCUUCUCGACGUAUAAAAGGUCGAAAUCAUCCGAAACCACUGCUCAGUCUUCUAUUCACAUUCAUCGUGGAACGAGCGCCCAACAUGAAGAUACUUUUACUGACCUGUCUUCUGGCUUCCGCGCUUGCGGCACCCGCAGAAAAGAACAAGCGAAACGUUCUUCCUGGCGACCCACGCUACGAUGCCCAACAUGACCACCACCACCACCAUCACCACCACGAGGAUCAUGACCACCACCAGAAUGAAAUUGAAAUCGCUAAGGCUUUGGGUGGCUAUGUUGGAACUUACGACAGCACACUGACGGAAUAUGGAAUUCCCGGUUUCCAACCAGGAACUCCUAUCAGCAGCAAUAAUUUUGUAAGCACCAACUUCGACGCUGGCAAAACAAACAUCAAUGCCUACGAAGUUGAGAUCGGCGGUGCACAGAACGCCAAACAGAUCGAAUCUGUCACCGAAAGCAGCCUCAGUUUACCUAAGGUAAACUCAGUCACUGUUGUCCAAUCUCAGGGCAUAUCACAGGCUGAUGAUCUGGCUCAAUCAGGGAACUUCGGUAUCAGCAAAGGAGAGGCCAAUAACCUUGACAAUACUGUAAUAUCAACAACAGCUGCUAGUGUCGAAACUUCUUCAGUUCCCAGUGCGUAUAUCGAAGAAGUUACCAAAGCAUUCUCUGGUGAUGGCAUCUCAACUGUUGGAAACUUCGAGUCACCCUUCCAAUCUGAGAUAAGUUCCUCUUUUGGACCUUCAUUCGAUUCUGGCCUUAGUACUUCCCUCGAGGACCCAGCUUUUUAUUCGCUACCCUCUACUGCAGCACCUUUCAGCGCAGCCGAUAUUAGCACGUUCGAACAAGCAGGUUUCAACCCCUUUGGUUCCAGCUUCGGCUUGUCUUCAGACGCUAACAAGGGUUCAUCGGUAUCUGCUGAUGCCAGCAAGGUAACCGCAGAAUCUGCUUCAACAAAAAUCAAGUCAUCCACCGAAACGGUCUCUAGCGGAUUCGGCUCAGCCAAUGGUGGCCUGGCAACUCGUUUCCAGCCCCAGUUCAGCUCCUCUUUCGGUGCUAACUUCAACUCUCGACUCGGUUCCUCGUUCAGAAGCUCGUCCCCGUACUCAUCCUCCCUAGGCGCAACACCUUUUAGCACCACAAGCUUCAACACGUUCAAGCAAUCAGGUUACAACCCCAGCUUCGGUUCCAGCUUGUCUUCACAUAUCAACAAGGAAUCAACUACGUUAACUAGUAACGCAAAAGCAGAAUCCAAAGCCCAGAGUAAAGCCGCUUCUUCAGAUUACAGCAAGAAGAUCAUAGAAUCUACUUCUACAAAUAUCGAGACAGCCGCCAAAACGUUUCCAGCUAGUUUCGGAUCAUCUGUUGAUAGUUUCACAGCCCCUGUGAAAUCAAAGUCCGACUCUUUCUUCAGAUCUUCCACCAACACUAGGCUCAGUCCUUCCUUCGGAAGCACAUCAGAUUUUGGCACAUACACGCAAGGCAGUUAUAAACCCAGCUUCGGCUCCAGCUUCAGCUUCUCAUCGGAAGCUAACAAAGGUUCGACAAAAUCGACUAGCGCAACAAACAUAGCAUCCAAAUCAGGCAGCAGCAAAGCUUAUCCAGAUGCCAGCAAGACGACAGUAAAAUCUGCAGCUAACGCAGCCAAAUCGUUCACGGAUACAAUCUCCACUAAAUCUGGCUUAGAUAUUGACAACUUGUCACCCCCCUUGGAAACCAAUUAUGGAUCGUCUUUGGGAUCUACUUUCGGCUCUGGUUUUUCUUCCAUCGAAGGCCCAUCCGUCUACUCGACCUCCUUUGGUGCAUCGCCUUCCGACACUCUCGGCUUCAACAGGUUCCAACAAGUCCAGUAUAAUCCCAGCCUCAAGCAAACUUACACCUACACCCCCAGCAUCGAAGGCUAUAACAAUAACUUCGGAAUCUACAAUAACAAUUAUGGCAGGGUGAACGGUUAUCAGGAUGCUGAUUACAGAACUUACCCUACCGGUGUACGCAGUUAUUCUGGAUUUGAACAGAGUUUGAAGGACACAACACUUAACGGAAACGCCCAAGUUAGCUACCCCCAGUCAUACUCUUCAGACCUCACCGGAGGCGUACGCUAUGUAGCCCCUCAGUCCUUCCAAUACCAAUCUGUGUUCCCCACCCCCCAAAGCGUAACCCCUUCCCCAUUUCCCACAACCGUCUCAGUAACCGAAGCACCUACUCAGUUUAAAUUCGAUUCGGCACAGUCGUACUUGUCGCCAUCAAUCGAGCAAGCCGUACAGCCGAACUUCUACGUUUCUCCAAAUCAGCAAGAGCUCUUCAAGAACUACCAGAGCACUGUCUUCUCAGUUGAACCUACUCCCGCUACUUUCCCAAGGCUGAGUCAACCUGAAGUUAAGAUUUCAGAAAGUUCUCUCUCGGGAAUCAACCAGCAAACAGAUGCUGAGGGAGGCUACAUUUACUAGGUUUAGAAAAUUAUACUCUUGUUUGUAAAAAAAAUCCACUGAGUCAACUUAAUAGAAGUCACAGAGACCUAUUCAAACAUGGGUACUAUAGCCCUGCUUAGCAUUCGUGGCAUACAUGCUCGCCUUCGGUAGGCUUCAACCUGUUAUACUCAAAUAAAAUUCCUUUGCUAUAAA